AACCGUUCUUGACACGAGGAGGGGAUGAGAAAUCACACGACAGUAACAACAUUCAUCCUGCUGGGGAUGACAAAUGACCCAAAUUUACAAAUCAUUCUUUUGAUAUUUUUAUUCCUCACCUACUUUUUGAGUGUGGCUGGGAACCUGACAAUUAUCACCCUCACACUUCUGGAUUCCCUUCUUAAAACUCCCAUGUAUUUUUUCCUCCGAAAUUUCUCUUUCUUGGAAGUCUCAUUCACCACUGUCUGUAUUCCCAGAUACCUCUACAGCCUGACAACUGGAGAUAACACUAUUACCUAUAAUGGUUGUGCCACCCAAAUAUUUUUUGGGGUCCUCUUUGGAGCAACUGAAUUUUUCCUCCUGGCUGCCAUGUCCUAUGAUCGCUAUGUGGCCAUCUGUAAGCCCCUGCAUUAUCCGACCAUCAUGAACAACAAGGUGUGUUCUCGACUUAUUAUUUCCUGCUGGGUUUCUGGCCUACUAAUUGUCCUCCCACCUCUUAGCAUGGGUCUCCAGCUGGAAUUCUGUGAUUCAAACCUCAUUGAUAGUUUUGGCUGUGAUACCUAUCCUCUUUUAUUGAUAUGCUGCUCUGACAUAAUUCUCAUAGAAAAAGUUAUUUUAACGUUUGCCGUGAUAACAUUGAUUAUUACCUUACUAGGUGUGGUUCUUUCCUACACAUACAUCAUAAACACCAUUCUGAAAUUCCCUUCUGCUCAACAAAGAAAAAAAGCCUUUUCUACCUGUUCUUCCCACAUGAUUGUAGUUUCCAUCACCUAUGGCAGCUGCAUCUUUGUCUACAUUAAACCCUCAGCAGAGGCAGGAGUGGCCCUUAAUAAGGUGGUAGGUCUACUCACUACUUCAGUGGCCCCUAUGCUUAACCCAUUUAUUUACACCCUUCGAAACAAGCAAGUCAAAGAAGCCUUCAAUAGAACAGUAAAAAGGAUUGCAUUUCAAACAAAGAAGUAA